CAAAAAUACGAAGUGGAAAGAUGUAAAAUUUUCGUAAAUUUCUUCUCGAAAUCCUCGUCCAGAUUUUUUUACGCAGGUUUUUCACUUGCUCAAUCGUUUCAUCUAGCUUUUACGUUAUGGAAUUGGUUACUCAUUUUAGUCCCUGAAAAUUUUUGUUCCCAGUUUUGGGAAAGAUGAAACUUUGGAAGGAUCCCCCCUAUGGCGUUUACCCCCUCUGGCGGUCUUACUUUGCAUCAUAUCCAUUUCCGCAGAGGAUCAACGCAAGGAUGUUGCUUACAGUGGACCUUUUAGCUCCAUAACAUUAGACCAGCUAAAAGAUGGAUUUGAUGUUGAUCCAGGCAUGGAGAAAGAAGUUGGAGAGUUCAUAGCAGAAACAUUAUUUGGUCAAGGAGCAAGUGCUGGGGAUUCCAAGAGUGAAGAAGGGGAAGACAGUGACAAGAAAGAGAAGAAAAGCAAGAAGAAGUCGAAGAAAAGUAAGAAGAAUAAGAAGAAGAAAAAGAAGUCAAAGAAGUCAUUGGCAAGCACAGAGAGUGAUGAGAAACCUAUCCAGAAAAAAUAUGACAUCACUGGCCCAUACACUCCAGUGCCAACUGUAGAAGAAGAUAAACCUGGGUUCAAAAGGUCCAAAGCUUCCAAAGCUGUGAAAUCUCUGAAAUCUGUACCCCAAGAGUCCCCAUCAUCAGCAAAGGAAAAUGAACCUGAAGAAGACUCAGCAUCUCAGACUGACCCUGAAGCAGCAGUCGAAGUGCUUUCAGCCCUAGGAAAAAGCUUUGAAAAGGGUCAAUUGACUGAGCAAGAAUUAUCAGACUUCAUCAAGGGCAUUGACCUAGAAUUUGACAACCCAGCAAUUUUGGGCGAGUUUGCAAAACGCAACAGCCCAUCUGAAGACACCCCCUCACUGAAGCUGGUCAAUGAUGAAAAUGUCCAAAGUGAUUCCUGUCUGGAUGGCAUUGGUUCCAUCAUGUACAGCUUGUUCCAGUUGGCCUUGUGCAUUCUUUUUGCAGUCAUCAUCUUCCAGCUCCUCGCCAGCGUUUCCUGUGUUGAUUGGAAAGAAUUGUUCAACAUGUGCUCUGUCAACGAGUACAUGAAUGAAACUAUGAAUCCAAAGCCGCAACCGAGACCAGCGCCAUGUUUCUUUGACAAACUGCCCACUGCUUGUGACUUGAUCAAUCUUCCCUGCAAAAUGUUUGGCUGCAAAGGGGGAGGAGGAAUCAGCAUUUGCGACUUUCUGCCAUCUGGUGGCAGGGUGCCGAAAAAGUCCAAUAAGGAAGAUGACGAAUGCGCAGGGUUCAUGCAGAACUUGUGCCAAAAUAUUUGCACUAGUCCUUCCCAGCCUGCGGACGGAGGUGGGAGAAGUGGGAAAGUUGAUGGGGCACCAGCAGGAACUACGGAUGACGAAGAAGCAUUUGAGGACGAUGACGGUUUCAUGUUCAAUACACGUCAGUCUCGCUCUGUGACAGACCCCAACGCUCUGUACAUGUCAGUGAGGCACCAACGAGGCGGCCAUGCUGGUUCUCCUGUGCGCCAGCAACGAAAAGAUCCAAGAGACCAGCAACCGUACGCUGGCGGAAGACGCGCCAUCUACCGAAACAAUACGCCUCUCAUUGACGACUACACAGACGACCAAGAUGACCAGGAUGUGGAUCCGGAACCGGAUGCAGAUUACGGAACCGGAGGAUUCACGACUCCUUUUGUCGGCCGAGAUGAUGAUGGCUAUGAAGACAGUGCUGCUAGUGUUGAUGCCUAUGCGUCCACAACAGCGGGAAUCGCUAUGCAUGGACAUGUUCGGUCUCAACGGAGGACAGGAAGUAGUGACACCUUGAUCAGGAAGUGGAAUGAGAACAGAGAGUACUUGAACCCUCCCAUCAAUGUGUUCAUGCCAUCAUCAACUGCCCAGCAAGUCUUGGUUAGGCAAGCACUCAUGAAAGGACAGGCCUUAGGAGUGGAAGAAAUGUCACCUGAGGAUCUGGCAAUCUUGGAACAAAUAAAUGCCAUUGACUUCCACUUCAAUGAACCUUCUUUUGAGAAUGUGGUGGAGGCUCUUCCACAACAAGACUCUCCAGACAUUGAACCAUCUUUCUAUUGGACUUCACCACCUAAAGGAUUGGAAGUGCUGCCCAUUCUUCCUCCAGAUCCUCCACCAGGCCCCUUCUCAUCAAAGUCAGAUAUUGCUGCUCCUAAUGUUGCUGAGAUGCUCAAUGGAUGUGCAAUGCUGGAAGGGUGUGGAGGAGGAAGCACAUCCAGAAGGUCAUCACAAAGCUGCCAACCAGGUUUUGACCUAUGUGACUAUUUUCCCAAGGAGGCCACUCAGGAUGGGUCUGACUGUGACCCCAUGGCCAUAAACAUCUGUGAUUUCACAUGCAAGGAUGGUCCAGCAGCACAACAGACCUCUCAACAGCAACCCAGGACUCAACCCCAAGCUUCUGCCCCUUACCUGAGCUCCCAACAACAAUCCAAUAGGCAAUCUGAGGGAGGGACAGGAGUAGAAGAUGAGCCAGAAGAAAUUGUGGAUGAGUUCCUCAGGUCAAAGUUCAUGUCAAGGCAGAGCAUGGAAAUGACCAACCAGUUCUAUCAGCAGCACCCAUGGAAUCGCCCAGAGAACCCAGUCAGGGUCAGAGAUGACCGCGAACAGGUGGCUCCAUCUGGGAAACCUUCAUCAAACUGGGCUGCACCUUACCCACCAGGAAGCACUGGUAAUGUGGUGCACUUCACUGCUGCAGCACCAGAGCCACCAAUGAUGCCCAGAGGCAACCAGUCUUUGCCUUUCCCCCAGCCCAACUACCCCAACAAUUUCAGGGCACUCAGAAAUGGCCCUGGCACUCUUGACCAAAGACCAGCAUCAAUCCUGAGAGCUCCAUCUCAAAAUCAACCACAACAGUUCCACCAGCACCCUCAGGCUCAACAACAACAACAACAUCAACAGCAGCAGCAGUUCCACCAUCCAACUGGUCCCCAGUUUCAGCAACCCAUGAAUCCUCAACAGGGGUAUUUUCACCCCCAGCAGCAACCCAUGAACCCCCAUGGUGGCUAUUUCAACCCCCAGCAGCAACAACAGCAGCAGCAGCCAAGUGCACAGCUUCCACCAAGAGGAUACUACAAUCCUUCACAGGCACCAAGGCAUAACUGAAAACAUGUUAGCACUGAUUUUAUUGUCCAAAUGUGUGAUUGAAUAAGAAAGAAAUGUGGCUUAGACAA